GGCGCCUCCCAACCCGGGUGAGAGGAGCGCGGCAGCCCCGCGGCGGCAGAGUGUGGAGGUGGGCGCGAGAGUUGGAGCGCGUUCGACUGCCAUGGGCGUGCAGUGAACGACCCUGGUGCGACUUCUCCGGGCGGCGCGUGUCCUCGGUCACCAUGAAAGACGACUUUGUAGAAGAAGAGGAGGUGCAGUCCUUCGGUUACAAGAGGUUUGGUAUUCAAGAAGGAACACAGUGUACCAAAUGUAAAAAUAACUGGGCACUGAAGUUUUCAAUCAUAUUAUUAUACAUUUUGUGUGCCUUGCUAACCAUCACAGUAGCCAUUUUGGGAUAUAAAGUUGUAGAGAAAAUGGACAAUGUCACAGGUGGCAUGGAGACAUCUCGCCAGACUUACAAUGACAAGCUCACUGCAGUGGAAAGUGACCUGAAAAAAUUAGGGGACCAAACUGGGAAGAAAGCUAUAAGCACCAACUCAGAACUUUCUACCUUCAGAUCAGAUAUUCUGGAUCUGCGUCAACAGCUUCAGGAGAUCACAGAAAAAACAAGCAAGAACAAAGAUACACUGGAGAAGUUACAGGCAAGUGGUGAUUCAUUGGAGGACAGGCAGAGUCAACUGAAAGAAACUCUGCAGAAUAAUUCUUUCCUCAUCACCACUGUCAACAAAACCCUCCAGGCAUAUAAUGGCUAUGUCACAAAUCUGCAACAAGAUACCAGUAUGCUCCAGGGCAAUCUGCAGAACCAAAUGUAUUCUCAGAACAUGGUUAUCAUGAACCUCAACAACCUGAACCUAACCCAAGUACAGCAGAGGAACCUUAUCACUAAUCUGCAGCGCUCUGUGGACGACACAAGCCAAGCCAUCCAGCGAAUUAAGAAUGACUUCCAAAGUUUGCAGCAAGUUUUCCUUCAAGCCAAGAAGGACACCGAUUGGCUAAAGGAGAAAGUACAGAGCAUGCAGACAUUGGCUGCCAACAACUCUGUCCUGGCCAAAGCCAACAAUGACACCCUGGAGGAGAUGAAUAGCCAGCUCAGCUCAUUCACAAGUCAGAUGGACAACAUCACCACUAUCUCACAGACCAAUGAACAGAACCUGAAAGACCUUCAGGACUUACACAAGGAUGCAGAGAACAGGACAACCAUCAAGUUCAGCCAACUAGAAGAACGCUUUCAGGUCUUUGAGACAGAUAUUGUGAAUAUCAUUAGCAAUAUUAGCUACACAGCCCAUCACCUGCGGACGCUGACCAGCAACCUGAAUGAAGUCAGGACCACUUGCACAGAUACCUUAACCAAACACACUGAUGACCUGACCUCCUUGAAUAACACACUGGUCAAUAUCCGUUUAGAUUCUGUUUCUCUCAGGACACAGCAAGACAUGAUGAGGUCAAGGUUAGACACUGAAGUGGCCAACUUAUCAGUGAUUAUGGAAGAGAUGAAGCUGGUUGACUCAAAGCAUGGUCAGCUCAUCAAGAAUUUUACAAUUCUACAAGGUCCUCCUGGUCCCAGGGGUCCAAAAGGCGACAGAGGAUCUCAGGGACCACCUGGACCAACUGGCAACAAGGGACAGAAAGGAGAGAAGGGAGAGCCUGGUCCUCCUGGCCCUGCGGGUGAGAGAGGCCCAAUUGGACCAGUAGGCCCCCCUGGAGAGCGUGGCAGCAAAGGAUCCAAAGGCUCACAGGGCUCCAAAGGAUCCCGUGGGUCCCCAGGGAAGCCUGGCCCUCAAGGGCCUAAUGGAGACCCAGGUCCACCAGGUCCACCAGGCAAGGAUGGACUCCCUGGACCCCAGGGCCCUCCUGGCUUUCAAGGACUGCAGGGUACUGUGGGCGAGCCUGGUGUACCUGGACCUCGGGGGCUACCAGGCUUGCCAGGGGUGCCAGGCAUACCUGGGCCCAAAGGGCCACCUGGCCCCCCAGGCCCCUUAGGAGCAAUGGAACCCUUGGCUCUGCAGAAUGUGCCGACUCCAGCCUCAGAGACCAAUGGCUGCCCACCUCACUGGAAGAACUUCACAAAUAAAUGCUACUAUUUUUCAAUGGAAAAAGAAAUUUUUGAGGAUGCUAAGCUUUUCUGUGAAGACAAGUCGUCACAUCUCGUUUUCAUAAACUCAAGGGAGGAACAGCAAUGGAUAAAAAAACAGACAGUGGGGAGAGAUAGCCACUGGAUCGGCCUCACAGACUCUGAGCACGAAAAUGAGUGGAAAUGGCUAGAUGGGACGCCUGUUGACUACAAAAACUGGAAAGCUGGACAGCCAGACAACUGGGGAAAUGGCCACGGGCCAGGAGAAGACUGUGCUGGGCUGAUUUACGCUGGGCAGUGGAAUGACUUCCAGUGUGAUGAGAUCAAUAACUUCAUCUGUGAGAAGGAAAGGGCGGCAGUACCGUCAUCCACAUUAUAACACAGUGUGAUGUAACAGCAGGAACAUGUUUUCAGAAACCUCCAAAAGGUGAAGGAGACUCCUUUCUAAUUCCAUCACUGUCUCACCAGAUUGGAUGGGAAAACACUGAAACCAGUUAUUGAAAACAAAUGGACACACUACUGCACUAUGACCCAAGGACUAGGGAGCGAAAAUGCUCCCCCAAGUUGAUACAUUGAUUUCCAGUGUGCAAAUGGACCGAAUCACAUAGAUUUUUCUCAGCCAUUAACCAUACAUUUUUUGAAAAUUAUAUAUUCCUGAAUGUGGAAUGCUCCAAUCAGGAAAAGACUAUCAUGGUUGUUGAGUUCCAGGCUCUGUGUAAACCGUGCAUUUCUGAAAUCCCAAAUGUAGGAAGAAUAUGCAGGCGUACAGAUAUAUAGGCCACCUUCUAGUAAUGAUAUGAAAUAUACUUAAAGAGCUUUUAAAACAUUGUAUUUUUGUACAAAAUAUUUCCCUCUUACAAUCAUUUUCCUUUUUUAAUUUUACCUAUAUAAUACAUAAAGCCAAAGAAUACAAUAAUGGUACUAAUAAAAUCUCAUGGAGUUUCUCUUUA